AUGGAUACCCGUCGUGUGCUCGUUCUGUUGGCGCGGCUGUACGAAGAGAUACUGCGUCAGGCCAUCACUCUGGUCACGGCCGUGUCCAUAUGCAUGCUGAGCGUGAGCGUUCUCAUACGCGUCCUGGAGAGCAGCCGCAACGACGACUUCCGGCUGGGCUACGUGCGCUACCCGGAAAAGGACGGGGAAAGCGGAAGAGGCGACGAGGACUCCGUCUUGCUCAUGAGCUCGUUCGCGAACGCCUUCAGCUUCCUCUCGGUCAUCAUGAUCGUCAACUGCACUCUGGUGUUGCUCUACAAGAGCGGCCACUACCGCAUCAUACAGGCUUGGCUCAUGGGUGGCUCGGCUAUCUUGCUUUUCGCCACGGGCUACUACUACGGCGGCCGGCUACUCUUCUACUUCAACGUUUCGGUGGACCACGUGUCGUGGUCGUUUGUCACCUGGAACAUUGGAAUGACCGGCAUAGCAGCGCUGUAUUUCGAUGGGCCGUAUGUGAUACAACAAGGAUACUUGAUAUACACGUCCGUGCUCAUGGCUCUCACCAUCGGGGAGUCUCUUCCGGAGUGGACGGCAUGGACGCUGCUCGUGCUGAUUUCCAUCUGGGACGUGUUCGCCGUGCUGUGCGUCGUAGGGCCGCUUCGAAUGCUCAUCGAGACGGCAAAGGAACGCAACGAACCGCUAUUCCCCGCCCUAAUAUUUUCCACGUCAUCGGCCUGGUGCUACGGACUUGGAGAACACACUGCUAGCCUGAUUUACGUAGACGCCGUUUCGUCAGCGGUGUCUGUGCGCUCGGACCUCUGCCUUCACGAAGCCGAAAAAUCGGGCUCUGUUUUGGCUUCUCCCGCUCCUGUCGGUGCCUUGACGAUUGGACGUAAUGAUCACGAUGUGUCACUCGAUUCAUCGCUUAGUCGCGAAGCUAUUCAGGAACGUGAAUACUCGCCCAUAGCUUUUGAGAUAACUUCGGACCUGCCACUUGAGUCGUCAGAUCAAGGCUACUUGGCCCCACCAGCUAAAAUAGGUGCGUUUGCAUCAGUAAGUUCGGCAGUUAGAGGCGGACCAGCGAGAGGUGGUGUCCCAGGCCCUACAGCAGCCUCUAGUGGAACAAUUAGCACGCCAGGCAAGAAGGAACACGCUGGUGGCUCGUCAGUCGCCCGGAACUUCCCAAGACAAGACCCGAGGCACUUCCGUGCCUCGUUUUAUACACGCGACGAAAGGAGCUUGCCCGUUUCGCGUCGUGGCGCCGACUUUCCUGACGCGCGACGUGAUCAAACGCCACCGCAUUUUGUUCCGGCCAGGAACAUGUGCGCUUGCAACAGGCCUGCGGCCGCCAUCCGCAAUACAGGAGGGUAUGCGCAUCAGACGCCACCUGCCGCCGACCUGCCCGGAAGUAAGGGCAUGAAGAUGGGCCUGGGUGACUUCAUUUUCUACAGCGUCCUUGUGGGGGAAGCUUCAAUGCGUGGCAGCGCUGUCACCGUGCUCGCCUGCUACGUGUCCGUAAUAGUGGGCAUAUUUCUCACGCUCGGCCUUCUGGUGAUGUUGCAGAAGCCUCUGCCAGCACUGCCUCUGUCUAUCAGCAUGGGAUUGCUGGCCUACUUUUCAAGCGUAUCCCUCAUAGAACCAUUCCUCGACACAGUGGGAUUCAUGGCGCUCUGA